AUGCCGUGCUUAAUUGUAUUGCCCGCUGCCCUUAGCGCCCUUUUCUUUUUCGUUGGUGGAAUCACCGCUUUUGUUAGGAAGCAUUCCAAGCGUUCUUUACUCCUUUCUAGCGUAGUUUCCGCCGCUUUUGCUGCUGCUUCAUACCUUUUGGUUGUCAAGCCACAUGAAUAUGUCGGUUUCUGUGUCGCUUUGGGCGUAUCUCUCUUUGCCUUCUUGCUUGGCUCAUGUAUGCUUUAUAUUUCCACUGGUGAAAACUUGUUGAGGAAACGCGUGGCUUGCCUCGUCUUCUCAUUCGGACUCUUUUCAUCCGGUUUCUACUAUGCCUUUAUCCUUAGCAAGGUGUACGCACUCCCAACCUCCGUUGUCUACACCAAGAUAGCCGCCGAGUAG